AUUAUUUUAUUUAGAAGAAAUUGUGGAACAUUCUGACUACGAUUCUAAACAUGGAAUUAAAUGGUCAAAUAAAUACAAUGGAUUCAUGGAUGAAGACUUGGAACAAAUGGAAGUGAGAUAUAAAAAUAAAAAUGCGGGAUGCGAAGAAAAAUCUAGAGGCAACAGGGGGAGGAUCACCGAUUCUAAUCGAAUAUGAUUAUUUAGACAAUCAAGUGAUCACGCUUCUCUCCAAUGAUAAAAAUUGCGAUUUGGUCCUUCCAAAACCGAAGCAAUGGGAAGUUAAAGCUUUGAAUCAAUUAAUGAUAAAUGAAAAUUUAAUUAAAAAGAACAGCUUGACGGAAGGCAAAAGAACUGUGAACCCUACUGAGCAAAAUAAGAUAAAAGAGACUAGAAAAUGUAAUAAGCCAGAUGAGGUAGAUGAGAAAAUUAAUGUAUUAGAAUCAGAAGAUGAAGACGUAAUUGUUAUCGAAGAUGAUGGUAGGGAAAAAUCUUUAAAGCUACAAUUGAGUCAUGGUGUGAGUCGUCGGGAGGAAAUUGAGAGUAACACCAAAGGAAAGAGAGGUCGUCCACGGAAAAAUUCAAACUAUAUUUCUAUUCCGGAUAUGAAGGCAAUAAGAAAAUAUCAAUUGCAACGAUUCAGAACUGCUUCUAUUCGUGAAGCUCGAGAAAUAGCAUAUAUCGAUGUUGUUAUCGAUCGAUAUAUCGAAGUGCGAUAUGACGUAUAA